AUGAUUAAACAACAGCAACCACAGCAACUUAAGGCACAAAACACCCAGGCCCUUCAAACCAUUACAUACGCCACAUAUGCAUAUAAUUCAAAGACGGCAGAACAAACGCAAAGGUUGAAAUAUGGAGAUUUGGAGAUAGUAUUGAAAAAUGACCAUUUCGAAUUCGUUUGCAAAGGUGGUGCAGUGAUAUCAAAUAUAAAAGAAAUUUUAUUUAUGAAUUCAAAAAUUAAAGGUAUAACGGAUGAUAUAACAUCAAUUCCACCAGAAGAACAAAGAUAUUACGCAUUAAAUGCAUUUCCCAAAGUUUUGAAGAUUGGAAGAUUUAAUUUAAAUGAGGAAUUCAUAAAAGGUUUCCUAAAUGACAUAAUGAAGAAAGCAGAUAAGGAAUAUGUCAACAGUGAAUUAAUGAAGAAGGCAGAUAAGGAAUAUGUCAACAGUGAGUUAG